CCACGUGUUCUUCUGAGAAUAAUGUUCAUCACAGAGAAUAGUUAACAAUUAAAUGUAUAUAUAAUAUUUGUGUUUAUAUAAUUAAGAAAUGGUUGUACAUAAAAUAAAUUCUGCUAGAUUUUUUAUAAAACUAUCAACGAUAGCUAGUGCUGGUUUAGCUGGGUUUUGGGCAGGAAAACAAUUAGAACGAAAUCAGUAUUUUAAGAAUAAAAAUGAUGAAAACACCGAUGAUAGCGAUAUUUUAUCAAAAUGUAAUAUUAAAAGAAUGCCUGGCCUUCCUUUAUUUGGAAGUGUUUCUGCUGCUUCCCCUAUUAUUCCAAAUGAAAAUCAACCAGAUAUGGGAGUUAAAGCAUCUGUGACAGCAUCUAGAGUUGGACAAAUCAUGAAAUAUGGCUUUCCUGGUUUUGACACCAUUAGAUCCUUUGAUGACUUCGUAUUAUCAUAUGAUAGAAGAAAUCGUGUAGCACAUUGGGUAUUUGAACACCUCACAAAAGAAAAAUUGCAACCUGUUGAAAACGUAGAUAGAUCUACAUGCGAAUUCAAAGCUGACGAAAGCAUUCAUCCUUACUUUAGAUCCAAUAACAGUGAUUACAAAGGAAGUGGUUAUGACAGAGGACAUUUAGCCGCUGCUGGCAAUCACAAAGGCUGUCAAAAACAUAUACAGCAAACAUUUUUUCUAUCAAACAUGGCACCACAAGUGGGACAUGGUUUUAAUAGACAUUCAUGGAAUAGAUUGGAAAAAUAUGUAAGAGGUUUAACGAAAAUAUAUAGUGAUGUCUAUGUAUGCACUGGACCAUUGUAUUUACCAAAGAGAGAUAGUGACGGCAAAAAAUAUGUAAGAUAUGAAGUAAUUGGUUCUAAUCAUGUAGCGGUGCCAACUCAUUUCUACAAAAUAAUUGUUGGAGAAAAAGAUUCCAAGUAUGAAAUGGAAGCAUACGUCAUGCCCAAUGCUCCGAUUGAUGAUAAUACUCCACUUACAAGUUUCUUAGUACCUCCAGAAAGUGUAGAAAGAGCCGCAGGGCUUUUAUUUUUCGACAAAUUAGCACGUAGUCAAUUAACUAAGAUAAAUGGUAAAAAAGCGUCUUAAUGCAAACAAUAAAAAUAUAAACCAAUUAUUUAUAAAAUAGA